CGGCGGCGCGCGUUGAUUGGGCAGUGUCUGGGAGGGGGCGGGGGUAGUUAAAGAGCCGCCCGGCGCGGCGGAGGCGGGCAGUUUUGAUUGGAGUUGGGCACAGCUCACUGGUAUGGGCGAUACAGAAGAAGCCCAAAUGCAGAUCAGCCCCGAAACUCCCGGGCGAGUCACAGUCCUGAAUCCUUUUGAAAGUCCCAAUGAUUACUACACCCUUCAGGAGCAGAUUGUCUCCAGUCCUUCCGUCUUCAAAUCAACAAAGUCUUCAUCUACACCAGGAAAAUUUAGAUGGUCUAUUGAUCAGCUUGCUCUAAUAAAUCCUGUGGAAAUUGACUCAGAAGAUAUCCGACGCCAAGCAAUGUAUUUGAGUCACGCUAGAAUUGAUAAGGAGACAGAAGAGAGGAGGCAAAAAGCCAUUGAGGAGUUUUUCACAAAGAGACUCAUAGUUCCUUCUCCUUGGACUGAACACGAAGGCAAGCAAGUUUCUCAAUUUAAUUCAACAAAAUCCAUAGAUCUAAAUAACAUAUCUCCAAUUGGAAGACAGCUAACUUUGCCUGGGAAAAGCAAUGCUGCUUGUCAGACAGUACUGUCUUUGCCAGUGGAUUUUAAUUUAGAGAAAAUACUAGGUGAAUAUUUUAGAACUGAUGAAUUUGCAGAUCAGUCUCAGGAAAAUCUGAGCUCUUCGUCACUCAGAAGAAAGCUGUUUUUGGAAGAAAAUGGAAACAUAUCUGAAUGCUUGUCUCCUUCUCUGCGUAAUCCAUGCAGCAGUCAGCCACUUGGAGUGCUUUGCUCAAUAGAUAUAUCUCCAGUUCGAUGCAGAAGCCCCCUGGAAACAUCUAGUUCAGGUCAGUUUUCAUCCAGCCCUAUUCAGGGAGGAGCGAGGACUUACAGUCUGGGAAGUAUUACCAGUCCCUCAUUUCCAGAAGGUUCUCCUGCACGUAAUGGUUCUCCUACUUUUUCACCAAUUGCUUUUCACAUAAGACAUACACCACUGUCAGACCAAAGAAAACUUACGUUUUGUUCUCCAGACAUUCCUUCUGUCUCAAAUAGAAUGACACCUGCGAGUACAAGAAGUCCUUAUAUAGAUGGCUGUUCUCCCAUUAAAAAUUGUUCUCCUAUGAGGCUUGGAGGAUGUAGAGGAACUGCCCAGUAUCAAACUUCUGUCAUCAGAAUACCAUUUGCUGUUGAAAAUCACGAGGAGGAUGAGGACAAGGAAAACGCUUCUCCAGCAGAAGCACGGUUCUCAGAAAUGGAUAAUGGAAUAAACUUCUGUCAGCAAGAUGGUGAUGCCUUUGCACCUGGUACACAUCUCGUCGUAGCAACCGUGUCUAUUACACCAGAUCAUUCGGAAGCUUGUCAGCAAAGGCUGUCAUCCUAUCAGGAUAUAGAAGGCUUGAAGGAAAAUAAUACUGUAGAUAUGGCUGAUGCAGCUGAAGUGUCGGAGGAGAACACUUGGAUAAAAGAAACAAUUGGCAGUAGCAAUGCACCAAUGACCAGCUUUAUGACAGGGAUUACUUUCAGUAUUGAAAACUCUCGCAUGUGUAUGUCACCUCUUGCAGAAAGUAGUGCAAUUCCGUGCGACAACAGUAGUAUUCAGGUGGACAGUGGCUAUAAUACUCAGACGUGUGGAAGCAGCAUAAUGGAUACUGCGGGAGCUGAAAACAGUUGCAAAGAAAAUGAUGUGAACACUAACACACUUCAGACUAAAUCUCAACUUCCUAAAACAAAGGAGUGUUCUGUUUUAAACCACAAGGACCAUCAAUUGCUGGGAGCAAAAUCUCCAGACAAGCAAUCCUGUUUCCAUAAAGUGAAAACACACCAUACAGUGUUUUGUCAGAAUGCAAGUUGCAACAUUUCUACCUGGAAACAUAAAAAUGAAAAUCCAAUUCAGGGAUUUCACACGAGUGCAGAUUCAUUGUAUGGCUAGAGGAAUGUUGGUACCAAGAAAGCAAUCAGAGGUGAAAUGGAGAUGUGAUGGGAGAAGGGCUAGGGAAAUAGGAAGGGGAUCUCAGUCUCAAUCUAAAAAGAAAUUGAACUCAUCUGUGACUUUCAUUAGGAAUAUGUGUAUGUUUUACCAUAGAUUGCAAACUCUUAAAAAUGCAUGCUUUGAUUUUAAUGCCACACUUGUCCUUCACAAGUUUUCCUUGUGAACAGCUGCAUGAAAAGUCCAUUAUCCUUGUGGAAAUGAUGUACCUUUUUUUCCAUAGUUAAAAAUCUUAAUUUGUGUCGAAAGAAUCCUUUCAAUUUUUUGAACAGGUUUUCUCUUGGUUUGACAGAAAUCAAGGAAAAGGACAGGUGGCAGAAAUUCCUUUAUAGGAAGACAGAAUCUCUUCCUUUUAAUCAAACAACUCUUACUCUUAAAAGCGUGUAUCCGUCAGUUACCUGAACCAAAUGCUUAACUAAGAUGUACUACUGGUUACUUCACAAUUAAAUGACUGUGUUGUUACUUUAGUACUGCAUUGCUACUGAUGUUGAAGAUGAUCACCAGACACAACUAAUGUCUAGUACAAACUCUUGUGUCCAAACUGAUGCUCCCAGCAUCCUUUCAAAGGAACAAAGGUGCAGAAAGAUGAAAUGGUCUUAAGAUGUCAUUAAGGGAAUGAUACUUUCUUGUACUGCAGUAAAUGACUACAGUUUUACUUCCCCCUUACAUUUAUUUCCCAAUCCUACGAUGUCCGCUGCAGAAAUGACCAAAAUAUUUUGAUAAGUAUUUUGAAAUGUACUUUCUGUUUGCCAAUUUCUGCGAAAAGUAUUAGUUUUAAAAAAAUCUCACAAUACUUUCAGGGGAAAAAAGUCACCACUGAACAACAGUAAUGGGAUGAGGAAGUCUGGAAGCCGAGAGCUCCUUUUGCCUUAUCAAAUGAGAUUUGCUUAAAUUUGAUUGUAUUUGUUCAAAAGGUUAUUUUCAAAAUAAUUUCUUUUUAAUUACGGCAUUCUUCCAGCCCUGCUGUCUAAAAAGAAGAAUAAAAGAGAAAUACUGUAAGGAAAAUACUGAAAUUUCUGCCUUUGUAGAGCUCUGGAGUAAACCUUUGUGGUUGCUCCGGCUGAAGUAGUGUUUCUUUCUUCUUGUAGCAAGGAUAACCAGUCCCAGGAUGCUGGAUGGAAACACUGCUUCCAGUUCUGAGCAACAGCCCACAGAAAGGCCUGUAUCAAAGUGACAAAUGCACAGCUAUUGGCACACUAAGCCCGAAAUAGUCGGUCACGUCUAAAUUUUAAGGGAACUGAAAACAUUUAAAAAAAAAUUCAGUAUGAAUAUGAACAGAAUUGCAUAGCGUUACAAAGCAGUGUAUUAGAAUUGGGACUUCUGUGCAGCCAUUGCAUGAAUGGAACAAUUCCUGAAAAACUUUCAGUGAUUUUACCAUGAAGAGUUUCUGAAAAAAAUACACUUAAAAGGGAAACUUCUAUCAAUAAAACUGGUUCCUAACCAGUGAACAUGGCACACAUUAGAUUGUUAUAGAAGUAAAAAAAAAAAAAAAGAAAGAAAAAAAAUCACAAUUUCUGUACUGCGUACCUAGCAAUAACUGAACCUAGUGUCCUGAGCAAACUGCUUGAGAAACUUGAACCAGUGCCCUGUUAAAAGGUGAACUGCACUGAAUUAUUAUUACUGAUUAUUUUUUUAAUAAAGAAUUAACUUGGACAGCUGGGAAGUUAGUAUAUUUAAUAGGGCAUUCAAAAUGAGCCUCAGAUGAUAAGGUUUGAAGCUCAAAGGCAAGACAACUUAUUGUCAAUUUAAAAUAUAUUUAUUAUCUUGUGUCUUUUCUGUUUCUAAUGAUAACUUUUAAGAAUAAUGAGUGGAAAUGGUGAAUUGUAGAUUUCUGGAAUGUGCAAAGGAUUUAUUUUUCUAAGUCUGAUUACUAAAAAUAAUAGUAUACGUCAGUAUAGGUGAGAAGCAGGGCUGUCCAUAGCAUAAUCCACUUAUGGAUGACCGUUCUGUAUAGUAUGUAUGAUUGAGACUUGUUUUCUUUUAAUUAAAACUUGUGAUUCUUUGUAGUGCUACGUUCUGUGACCAGAGGUUUGAAAGUAACUACAGAUUAAAACAAACACAGAAAUAAAAGCAAUCACUAAGGUGCUCACCUCAAAUGCCAGGGAAAGAUGCAACCAUUCCUGGUUGUGCUUGUGAAAUAAUUAAAGACGCUCCUUCGCCCCCAAUAAAGUUUUACCUUCUGUCCUAUUUCAGACUUCAGUUCGAUUGGAAUUAUUUUAUGGAAACUUGCAUAUCUUCUUUGUAUAAUUGUUUUGUAGAAGAAACCUACUGGACAAAUUAUCAUGGAAAUCACUUGACCAUUGUUUCUGCAGUGGUACUUAAUGCAUUGGUUGGCACAUGUUGCACAAAACGGUCUUUGUUUACAUUAAAUAGUUUUUAACGAGAGUCUUAUAACAUGAAUAGCUGUAAAUUGAGUAGUGAAACAGAAUAAAGACUUGUCUUCCAUGCCUCAGUUGUUCAAUGUUUCAGUA